CGAGCGGCUCCAUAGACUCCUGUGUGAUGGUGUGGAACAUGAAGCCUCAGAUGAGAGCCUAUCGCUUCGUCGGCCACAAAGACGCCGUCAUGUCCGUGGAAUUCUCACCCUCCGGACACCUCCUGGCUUCAUCAUCCCGAGACAAGACCGUCCGCCUCUGGGUGCCGAGCAUAAAAGGAGAAUCCACGGUGUUUAAGGCUCACACCGGCACGGUGCGCAGUGUCAGCUUCUCUGGUGACGGACAGUCUCUGGUCACGGCGUCCGAUGACAAGACGGUGAAGGUUUGGACGGUUCACCGGCAGAAGUUCCUCUUCUCUCUGAACCAACAUAUCAACUGGGUGCGCUGUGCAAGAUUUUCCCCGGACGGAAGGCUCAUCGUAUCCGCCAGCGAUGAUAAAACCAUAAAGCUGUGGGACAAAACCAGCAGAGAAUGUAUCCACUCCUUCUGUGAGCAGGCCGGGUUUGUGAACUACGUGGACUUUCACCCCAGCGGGACUUGUAUUGCUGCGGCUGCCACUGACAACACGGUGAAAGUUUGGGAUAUUCGAAUGAACAAACUCCUCCAACACUACCAAGUGCACAGCGGGGUGGUGAACUCGCUCUCCUUCCAUCCCUCCGGGAAUUAUCUCAUCACCUCCUCUAAUGACUCCACCCUGAAGAUCCUGGACUUACUGGAAGGACGAUUAUUGUAUACGCUUCAUGGACAUCAGGGUCCCGUGACUUGUGUCAGGUUUUCACGUGAAGGAGAUUUCUUUACCUCCGGGGGAUCCGAUGAACAAAUUAUGGUGUGGAAAACAAAUUUUGACUCCUCCUCCUACAGCGACCUCCUGAAGCACCGAGCGCGAGAGACCAACGCCAUGGAGACCAAAGCAAGAUGUCCGCCCAAACCGACCCAUCCCCCUCCCUCGAGUCAUCCGAUAUACGAGGCGGGUGACUUUGAUGCGCCCGGUAACAUUGUGAACGUGGAGGGAAGGCGGAGCCCCGGAACGCCAUCUGAGGAUCGGAUAAUUGCACAGCCAGAGCCCAGCGCCCUUCACAGCGUCACCAACACUCUGGCGCACAUUGUGGGACAGCUGGAUAUCCUCACCCAGACGGUGGCCAUUCUGGAGCACAGACUUUCCCUGACCGAGGACAAGCUGAGGGAAUGUAUAGAGAAGAGGGGCCCCGCCCGUCAUAGCGACAUGUGACCUCAACGCCGAGGGUCUUUGUUU